GAUGUCGAUCAUCAGCAUCGUUGCCAGAGAGAUCCUGGACUCCAGAGGAAACCCCACUGUGGAAGUGGACCUUCGCACAGAAAAAGGUCUGUUCAGGGCUGCCGUGCCCAGCGGAGCGUCCACAGGGAUUUAUGAAGCUCUSGAGCUCAGAGAUGGUGACAAGAGCCGCUACAAGGGCAAAGGUGUWUUGAAAGCUGUUGGACACAUCAACGACACCCUGGCUCCAGCUCUUWUAGCCUCUGGCAUCAGUGUGGUGGAGCAGGAGCAGCUGGACAACACCAUGAUAGAAAUGGAUGGAACAGAAAAUAAAUCAAAGUUUGGAGCCAACGCCAUCCUCGGCGUGUCUCUAGCCAUCUGUAAGGCCGGUGCAGCCGAGAAAGAAGUCCCUCUGUACCGCCACAUAGCYGACCUGGCUGGAAACACGGAACUCGUGCUGCCAGUUCCCGCUUUUAAUGUGAUAAACGGAGGAUCUCAUGCAGGAAAUAAACUUGCCAUGCAGGAGUUCAUGGUUCUACCUGUUGGGGCUGAAUCUUUCAAGGAGGCGCUGAGGAUAGGAUCUGAGCUCUACCACACGCUGAAGGGGGUGAUUCAGGAGAAGUACGGCCARGACGCCAUCAACGUGGGAGACGAGGGGGGGUUUGCUCCUAACAUCCUGGAGAACAGUGAAGCUCUGGACCUGCUGCAGACGGCCAUAGAAAAGGCCGGCUUCACAGAGAAGGUGGUGGUCGGGAUGGACGUGGCCGCCUCCGAGUUUUACCGYGAGGGCAAGUACGACCUGGACUUCAAGUCCCCCCCAGAUUCAUCGCGACACAUCUCUGCAGAUGAGCUGGCGGACAUUUACCAAAGCUUUGUGAACAAUUACCCAGUGGUGUCCAUCGAGGACCCCUUCGACCAGGACGACUGGGAGGCCUGGACCAACCUGACGGCCCAGGUCGGGAUCCAGGURGUCGGAGACGACUUGACGGUGACCAAUCCAAAGAGGAUAGAGAAAGCUGCGGAGGAGCGAGCCUGCAACUGCCUGCUGCUCAAAGUCAACCAGAUCGGCACCGUCACUGAGGCCAUUCAGGCUUGCAAGUUGGCUCAGGCGAACGGUUGGGGUGUGAUGGUGAGUCAUCGCUCGGGGGAGACUGAGGACACCUUCAUUGCCGACCUGGUGGUGGGACUGUGCACUGGACAGAUUAAAACAGGUGCUCCCUGCAGAUCUGAGCGAUUGGCCAAAUACAACCAGCUCAUGAGGAUUGAAGAAGAGUUGGGCGACCAGGCUCGCUUCGCAGGCCAUAACUUCAGGAACCCCAGCGCUCUGUGAAACUGACCCGACGAAUGACUCACACACACACAUUCACGCACGCCAACAACCCACACAAACCRACGUCGACGACAAACAAGGAAUGAGCCAUGUACAAAGAACGACCACAAAAAAUAAAAAUAAAAUAAAAAUUCAGGAAAAACAGACCCGCUAAAGAGCCAAGCUAAAUAAACAAAUACAAUUUAUGCACUGUACUUAAAGAAGGGAGGUGAAACUGUAUGCACACAAAAMACACACACACACACACAUGUACACACAGCGUAUGCAGAUGCAACACCUGAUAAUGCACAUGCAGGGGAAUAUCUUCAAACUAUAAAAGCCAGACAUGCACUGUUACUGUAGGGAUAGUUCAUGUACAGCCAGAGGAGAAACCYGCAAAAAUAAAGAUUCAUGUUGUAAAAAAUAAAGUAGAGAAAACGUAGAGUCAUUUAGAGYGAAAGAGACAGAAAAAAGUCUAACUUUUCAGACCAAAACGAGGACAGUGCAGUUGUGUAAACUCCACUCUGUAACACGUGUAAACACACACUCACCUGGACACACUCAYCUGCACUCCUCCUCCUCCUCCUUUCUCUUUCAGUCUCCUUCUUCUUGUCCCAUCUGUGUCCGUGUCGCUCUCUUCUCACGCCCAUGUGAUCCUGAUUGUGCGUCUUUCAUGCUUGAAGUCCUGCCUCUGCCUCGAAGAWGAAAAAAGAAAUUAAACCGGAGUCUCUUUGACCCUUUGGUUCCCUCUGAAUGUCCAUAGAGUAGUGUUGAAACAGAAGAGAGAGCAAAGAAAAAUAAAUCAUUAUCAGAAAGCUUGUCACUGAAAAUUAUGUGAAAUAAAAAAUAAUUUGCAAUUAACA